GCGAGUUGGGAUUUGAAACUUCAACUUGGAGCUGACGGGGAAACAGUGUGUUUUCACUUCAAAGUAUUCACGUUAAGUGAAUAAAUGAGAGCGAAUGAAGGCGACUGCUUAUUAGGUGCCCCUACAAGACCCUUUUGCUGUGAUGGAUGAAGAGGUGGUCCUGCAAGAAGAGGACAUGGACGGCUCAUGGACGCUGCUGUCCUUGUUGGCGUCCGUCCUCAUGGUGUUUGGGGGGUCCCUGCCGUAUGUCCCUCAGUAUCAGGAGAUCCAGAGGAUUAGCAACACCGAGGGCUUCUCCACCAGAGUGUGCCUGGUGCUGCUUAUAGCCAACAUCUUACGCAUAUUUUUCUGGAUAGGCAAGCAGUUUGAGCUGACUCUGCUGCUUCAGAGCGUGGUGAUGAUCGUGACCAUGUUCGCCAUGCUCCAUCUCUGCUGCACGGUCCAGAACAACAACCAAGUCAGCACCAAGCAGCAUCGACUCACAGACUUAAACUUCCAGUACUUUUGGAAGUGGAGUGCGUUUGAGGACUACCUCCUCUUCUGUUUUGGCUUCACCGUGCUGUGUGCCGUGGUCACCCUGCUGCUGCUGGACUCGGCCGUGUUUGUGGAGACCCUGGGCUCUCUGGCCGUGUUGUUUGAAGCCAUGCUUGGCGUCCCACAGCUGCUGCAAAACUUCCACAACCACUCCACCAGAGGAAUGAGUGUGAAGAUGGUUCUUCUCUGGACGGCUGGAGACGUCUUCAAAACCACCUACUUCAUAAUGAAUGAAAGCCCGGCUCAGUUCUGGGCGUGCGGCUCAGUUCAAAUCCUUAUCGACGUGGCCAUCCUGCUCCAGGUGCUGUUUUACAGCCGAGACACUCGGGUCAAGCUGGGUUAGCGUUGCUGUUGUGUCGAGCGUCAUAAAUCCAGCUUUUCAAUCAGCAAGACCUUUAACAAGAUCUGAAACCAAAGUCACUCAUUAUCUUUUUUUAGCAUUUAGUUUGGUAAUGUCCAGAGAUCCCAAAGUGAUAUUCAACCAGAAAAAUUAUCUUUGAACAAACUGAAGAUUUUAGGAAAGCUUAAAUAACUAAAUCUUUCAGCAGUGGGUAUGGUUAUAUAAAACAUUUAGGUGCAUUCUUACUUAUUUUUCUGCUGUGUGUCUGCCRUCUUUGGAUGAUUAUGUGAUCUCUUGAGUUGCAGUGGAUUUUCAGUGGACUUUCAGACUGUGAGGAGAAAGAUAACUCACAUUGGCAGCUCAGUAACAGCAGAUCUGUGCUGCUGUAAAGGCAACUGUUACAACCAGUUCUACACCGGAAMCACAACACCGGACUCCACUGCCUAACUGAUGAUGCUUGCACUUCACACUCCUCUCUCCUCUGGGCUGUUCUUGUGAUACAUAAUGUGUGUGUGUGUGUGUGUUUGCGUGGCUGCGGGCUUGCGCACGUGUGUCGGCGUUCAUGUCGGUGCGUCUGUGUAGUUGAAAUUGAUUUUCGCCGCCGGCAUCCAUCGCCAGUCCAAGGCCAAGAGAUGUGCAUCCAGUAAUGGUAACUGCACAGGCCAUCCAUCUACUUGUUGUGAUGCUGCUUUGUGUUUCACUCCAAAGUAAUGCAGGUUUCAUUGAAGCUAAAAGGAAAAAUKUGAAAACUCAAGGUGUUUCUCAUGAUACUAAUGCAUCAUAAUGUUUUAAACACAACAUUUGYAUCCUUAAUGUAAGACUGUUACUGAAUCUUUGGCAUUUUUAUCUUUGCUCCUUACUCUCCAGUGUUGCAUCUGCUAAWGUCAGGUCAGUCGGAGUAUUUUCAAAAAAUGUAUUUAUAUAUUUAUUUGUCUUUGUCAGAAAUAUUUGUUUUAGCUUUGGUUUUAACUGAACAAAAAGAACCACUGCCUUAAUAUGGGAAGUUUUUUUGUUUUGUUUUGUUUUGUUUUCAUUUUGCAAGUAAUCCUGCUGUUAAACAAAAAAUUGGCCCAGGGGUGUCCAAAGCCCCUCGCUUGAUGACAUGACUUCAUGAAAAAAAAAA